AGGCUGGAAACUCAAUCAAAUUCAGACCUGUACAACCUGAGUCAGAAAUCUGAUCGCAGGACUUGAGCGACCCGUGACAAGGGUCGCAGGCUGGCUUAGCCACUACUGGUGACAAACAGACAAAUUGGUCCAGGCCUAUAGUUCAUAUUUCCUGGAUUGAAACAUGGAGCUUCGAGUUGGAAAUAAGUACAGAAUUGGGCGAAAGAUAGGAAGCGGCUCAUUUGGAGAUAUUUUUCUCGGAACAAACAUUUCGACGAGCGAAGAAGUUGCCAUCAAGUUGGAAAGCGUCAAAAGCAAGCACCCACAGCUCCUUUAUGAAUCCAAGGUACUCAAGAUUCUUCAAGGGGGAGUAGGCCUUCCCAGCGUUCGUUGGUAUGGAGUGGAGGGCGACUACAACGUCAUGGUCAUAGACCUCCUUGGGCCAAGUUUAGAGGAUCUAUUCAAUUUCUGUUCGAGAAAGUUUAGUUUGAAAACUGUCCUGAUGUUGGCGGAGCAAAUGUUGAGUCGUAUAGAAUUCGUGCACUCCAAGAGCUUUAUACAUCGUGACAUCAAACCUGACAACUUCCUUAUGGGCCUAGGAAAAAAGGCAAACCAGGUCAACAUUAUCGAUUUCGGUCUUGCAAAGAAGUAUCGCGACCCCAAGACACAUCAGCACAUUCCCUAUCGAGAGAACAAGAAUUUGACUGGGACUGCUCGAUAUGCGAGCAUCAAUACUCAUCUGGGUAUUGAACAGAGCCGCCGCGAUGAUCUGGAGUCGCUGGGAUACGUCCUCAUGUAUUUCAAUCGUGGAAGCCUUCCGUGGCAAGGAUUGCGCGCUGCAAACAAGAAGCAAAAGUAUGAGAAGAUCUCAGAGAAGAAGAUGGGCACUCAAGUGGAGCAGCUCUGCAAAGGCUUCCCCCAGGAAUUUGCCACCUACCUGAACUAUGUUCGGGCCUUGAGAUUCGAUGACAAGCCAGAUUAUGGAUAUUUGAGAAAGUUAUUCCGUGAUUUGUUCAUUCGAGAAGGCUUCCAGUACGAUUAUGUGUUCGACUGGACGAUUUUGAAGUAUCAGGAAACAAUCCAGCCUGAAAGGCCUCAAGGAUAAUUUGUGCCUCCACAUUCUUUGGAGAUCUGAUUGCAGUCCAUCCAUGAUUCAGUUGUCGCACCCAGGCAUCGGAACUCGAAGCCAUGCUGGAAUUUUCUGGUUGACUUUUGAAUCUGUGGUUGAUGUUGCACAUUCCUUUUUGGAUUUCAGAUCGGAUGUUUCAAUAUGAUUUCGAAACAGAUGUAGCGAAAUGGUUAUAUAUAGCAAGAGUACAUUUCAUGAACUGCAUGAAGCAAAAGCAUGGGAAAUGAAGCUGUAGGGAUAAACUGUUGCGCUGAGAUUUUUGUUUUGGUAAUAAACAUUCUUUCCCAUG